AUGGCACCCAAUGUCGGCGGCAAGGUCUACAUCGUCGAGCAUCUUGAUCCAGAGCUUGGCCCCUGGUCUGAGCUGGAGUACAUUGCCAUCGCUGAGGAGUCUCAGGAAGCGGGAAGCAGCUUCACCCUCUCGUCUCUGCCGGACGGCUUCAAGGUUCCCGAGUCUCUAAAGGCCAUCUCGACCUUCAAAGCCACCCAAAAUAGCGUCGAGAAUAUCUACGCUGCGACCAAGAACACAGUUUGCCUUCUUGACCCCGCAGCAGAGAAGGAUCUGUCGCCUGAGGAUGCUGAAGAGUUUGGCACGUUCCUGUUUGGUGGAAUUCUAGAUCGGACCUCCGAGUUGAGGAAGAAAGGCUUCCCGGGACGACGACUUGGCCCCGUCCAGAUGACCACCGACACGGCUGUGCGGGUGACACGAACGGUGAUCCAGCAACAGAUCCCGCUAAAGGACAUUCCCUACGUUGACCACCCUGACUUAAAAAUUAACGAGCAUGAGAGCACCGAGAUGCCAUUCCGUUACGUCAAGGGAGAAGACGGCCAGCCUGUCAUGCCCAAGGGCAUGAGGGAGUUGAUCGGGAAGGACGCCGACAAGGCUAUAGAUGACCUGUUUUAG